AACUAAAGGACUGCAAAAAAGUUUAAUCAUGUAAGGCUCUUAGGAUAAUCUCUUGUAUGGGGCGUGGUUUACCCGUCGAUUACACGCACUGGCCACGUUACAGACCGAAUGUACAGCAAGGAAGGACGUUUACAGAGGAAAGAUCAAGAGUGGAUGUACGUUUAUAAAAGGCGCAUUUGGGGCACCAUUCAUUCCGAAGGAAUGGAAUUUUCCAUUUCUGAACUUUUAAAGACGCUGUCCGACAACGAACAUAUCUUGCCUCCUUCCGCAUUGAAGCUGUCAAGAAUUGAUGUAGAUGAUCAACAUCGCUUGGAGCCCUUCCUUCAUUUUAGUAACACGCGCUGCUCAGUUCUUUAUUUCAAGACUGUAUCAUGAAAAUGUUAAGAAAGAAGGUCAUAUGGAGUUGGGAAUGAUAUGAGGAAUGUAAACUCUUGCCAUUUCUAGACCAGAAGCCAGAGACAUCCUCCCCAAAAUAACUCUCGUGCUUCAUGAGAGCACCGUUGGAUAACGAAUCAAAUCAAAACCAAACACAAACCAAAUAGAAAUUCAUCUGACAGACGGAUGCUUUCGUUUCCUUCUAGAAAAACAGCAAACCAAAGGAAUAAGAGUUUUCAUGUGCUUUUACUUGCAACUUUACCCAGAUAAGCCAGUUUUUUGCAGACAAUUGCAUUUUGAACAGUAGCUCAAACAUGUUAAAAACGGGACCAGUGAUGGAGGCGGCAGAUAUUGCAGUUGUUGCACUUUAUUUUGUGCUUGUGCUUGUAAUUGGCCUGCUCGCCAUGUGGAAGGCCAACCAUAGCACUGUCAGUGGCUACUUCCUGGCAGGUCGAACUAUGAAUUGGUUUGUGAUUGGCGCCUCACUGUUUGUCAGCAACAUCGGCAGCGAGCAUUUCAUUGGACUUGCUGGUUCUGGUGCAGCCAGUGGUUUUGCAGUGGGUGCCUGGGAGUUCAAUGCCCUCUUGCUUCUGCAGCUACUUGGUUGGGUGUUCAUUCCAGUCUACAUCUACUCUGGGGUUUACACCAUGCCAGAGUACCUCUCCAAGCGCUAUGGGGGCAAGCGGCUAAAGAUUUACUUUGCAGCCCUCUCACUUCUGGUCUACAUCUUUACUAAACUCUCAGUGGACUUGUACGCAGGAGCUCUUUUCAUUCAGGAGUCUCUUGGCUGGAACCUCUACCUGUCAAUCAUCUUGCUUAUCUCUAUGACCGCCUUGCUGACAGUUACCGGUGGACUGGCAGCUGUGAUCUACACGGACACUCUACAGGCUGUGCUUAUGGUUGGCGGUGCGUUAACCCUUACCAUCAUCAGCCUGGUCAAGGUCGGUGGUUUGGAAGGGGUGCGGGAAAAAUAUAUGGAGGCAGUCCCCAAUGUCACAGCCAUCCUGGCUAACAGCAACUUCAGCUUCCAGUACACAAACUCCUGCCGAAUCCAUCCAAAGCCAGAUUCCCUCAAGCUCCUACGAGGGCCACUGGAUGAGGACAUCCCUUGGCCAGGCUUCAUUUUGGGUCAAACACCCUCAUCCAUUUGGUACUGGUGUGCUGACCAGGUCAUCGUCCAGAGAGUGUUAGCUGCCAAGAACAUUGCCCAUGCAAAAGGCUCCACACUUAUGGCAGGAAUGCUGAAGAUCCUUCCCAUGUUCAUCAUUGUUAUUCCAGGGAUGAUCUCACGAAUAUUGUUCCCUGAUGAGCUGGCAUGCAUUGGACCAGAGCACUGCAUGGCUGUGUGUGGCAGUCAGGCUGGCUGUUCCAACAUCGCCUACCCUCGGCUGGUUAUGAGCGUGAUGCCGGUGGGUCUCCGGGGGUUGAUGAUGGCUGUGAUGAUUGCUGCCCUCAUGAGUGACCUAGACUCGAUUUUUAACAGCGCUAGCACCAUCUUCACACUGGACAUUUAUAAAAUGCUGCGUGUAUGUGCCUCCUCCCGUGAGCUGGUGGUCGUCGGCAGGUUAUUUGUGCUAUUCAUGGUAACUAUCAGCAUUGCUUGGGUGCCUGUCAUUAUUGAGAUGCAAGGUGGCCAGAUGUACCUGUACAUCCAGGAAAUUGCAGGAUACCUGACUCCACCCAUUGCUGCCCUUUUUCUACUUGGAGUCUUCUGGAAGCGUUGCAAUGAGACCGGCGCAUUUUGGGGUGGCAUGACUGGGUUCGUACUAGGCACUGCCCGCCUCUUCCUUGGGUUCAUAUAUCGUGAGCCAAAAUGUGACCAGCCGGAUGAACGGCCGGCUUUCAUCACAGAUGUCCACUACAUGUACAUUGCUGCCGGGCUGUUUUGGAUCUCAGGGCUGGUGGCUGUGUGUGUCAGUCUGUGCACAUCUCCACCAGAAGAGGAGAAGGUCAAGCGUACCACAAUAUGGGGCUUGAAAAAACUUAAACGCCUUCCUGUGACAAAACGAGAGGAGAUGUACAAACUCACUAAUGGCAGUGGCGAUGGUGUUCUCAAGAAAGAUGUUCCAGAAGAUGUCCAAAAGGAAAGAUGUCUUGAUGGGGCUGACAUGACCCUCCUUAUGCCCUCCCCUUGUGAGCAAGAUCCCAUGACCCCCAGCACAGAGGCAUCCACACCGAUGGAGCUGUAUGCCAAUGGUCAUGCAAACCUUGUAAAACAGAAGAAUCAAGACAAGUGUGAUGAAGAGAGCUGCCUGCAAGUGUUUGACUGGAUUUGUUGUCACAAAGAGAAAACAUCUGGUGUCGAACCCAAAGUGGUUGAAGAAGAUGAAGGAGCUGUCCGUGAAUUGCUUCAUGAGCCUCCUAAGAUCAAGCUCUUACUUAACUUAGGCCUGGUAUUUGUCUGUUCACUGGGUGUUUUCAUGUUUGUGUACUUCUCCUUGUAAUAUGCUGAUCUCGCAGUACCAUAAGGCCUGUCUGAAAGACAACACAUUUAUAUAAACUAUUUGUUAUUAUAAGCCAUUUAGGGUCUGUAAUAUUUACAGUGUGGUUUAUUUUUAUUUUUAAAACUUGCUUCUCCAUACUGAUAGAGGUUAUUUAUUCAUUAACCUUUGUUCUGUCAUACCUCCUUGAAAAUAUUCAGCUGUUCUUUGUGUUGUGUUGACAACCAAAUAGAUUUCUGAGACCAUAGCUUUUUUAUAGUUUAUAGUAUACUUGGUUGAGCUAAGGUAACGUAGGAUGUACUAUUUUUAUUCCUUUGUGAAUUUUGCCUUAAUGUGUGCACUCCUCCUAACCAAAAUGUGACCCUGAAGCACAAAACCAGUUAUAAGUGAUGUAUGAUCAUCUGAAAGCUGAAUAAAUAAGCUUUCCAUUAAUGUAUGGUUUGUUAGGAUCACCUUUGAAGUUGUCCAAAUGAAUUUCUUAGCAAUGCAUAUUAUCAAUCAAAAAUGUAUGUUUUUAUAUAUUUAUGGUAGGAAAUGUACAAAAUAUCUUCAUGGAACGUGAUCUUUACUUAAUAUCCUUAUGAUUUUUUGCAUAAAAGGAAAAUCUAUAAUUUUGACCCAUACAAUGUUAUUUUGGCUAUUGCAAAAAAAUAUACCCUAGUAAUUUAAGACUUGGUUUUGUGGUCCAGGGUCACAAAUGAAGGCAGUUUUUGGCCUCAAGCUAUUUUUUCCAAUCAUAUAGUAGUAUGUAAAUGUGUAAGGAAAUUGUCUUCUGCAUUUGCAGACUGUUAGGACUAACGAAUUCUUAAAACCAGACCUCACAUGUAAGUCUGUCACCUGCGUAACUGGAAUAGUGUUUCCAAAGUUUUAAAUGUGUGAUAGAAAUGGUGAAAAUGAAGAAUUUACAGUGACAAUAGGUGGGUAUCAUGAUGUCAAUUUUUUUAUUUAAAUAGAGCAUAAGGAUAUGUGCAGAGCCGUGAAGACAUUGUUUUUUGUAAAUAUAACACUUAAUGUGAAAAAAUAAAUAAUAAUAAAAAAAUAGACUUCCAAGAUGUUAUCACUACAAAACAACUUAAUUCUAAAAUGCAGAAAGUGGUUAUAUGGAUGUUACUAAAUGACCAUAAGGGCUGCCAUAGAAAAAAGAUUCUAGCUGAGGAACAAUGUCAUUCAAAUGUUAAUAACUGAUAUCAUUACUGAUAUUAUGAUCCCAAAACAUGAAGACUUGGAUGUCCAGUUUUGAUUGCUGCACAAAAUAGUAUCUUGUUCUUCUAGAAGAAGAAUUUGAUUGUGGCUGCAGUAACAGGCGUUGCCUGUUGUUGAUCUGCUGUUGAAUGCACUAUUUGUUCAGAGAAAGGGGAACUGCUGGAUGGCCUUAGUGAAAAUGAGAUGUGCGUGAGGGAUUUAUUUAUUUAUUUACUUAUUUAUUUAAGUACAAGUUCACAAUGUUGUAUUAAUACUUUGAGAAGAGACCUUAAAUGUAAUGUCAUUUAAAUUCAGAAAUUGUCAAAAGAGUUGUAGAAAGGUUUUUUUAAUGGGACUGCAAAAGGUAACUUUUUAUCAUUCCAAAUAAAGUAGGGAUAGUCAAUGGAGAGCUAUUGUUUUACAUUAUAAUUUAUAUCUAUGUAAAAUCACUCCAUAUGUUUAAAUCCAUUUUUGUACAGAUAUCUAUUUGUAAAAGUGGUACAUAAAUAAAAAGAAAAUGUUUAAUAGACAUUCAUUCUUUUAUAUGUAUUUUCCACAAUUUGACGAUUUGGUUUUGGACUCUUGUGGUCCUUGUGAAUGUUACUGAAGUGAUUCCUAUUUCUUUGCAGCUAUCAGCUCAGUCAUAUCUAGGGAUGCAUCGAUCCGAUACACAAUAUGUUUUUUUUUAGCUGGAUCGGAUAUCGGUCAGAUGAGAUGUAUAGCACAGGAAUGGUGGCAGCAACAUAUGAUAGAUAGGACUCUUAUAUAUUGCUUCCUUCAUUACUGUGCUAUACAAUUGGUUAAUAUUUAUAUAUAAAUGCAUUAACAUGUUUUCAUGUAUUUUACAAUAUAAAGAGCAAUGUAACAUUUUACCAGAUUUAGCCAUACACUUAUUCUCUUUUAUUCAUUCCUCACUAAAUGAUUAGAUUUUAUAAAAUUGUGCACUCAUGAUUUUUCAAGAAUAACCUUUACUGCUAAAUUAUCUGCUAACCUAGUUUAAAAUAGUAUUUUUGUUAUAGAUUAUGAUUAUAUAUUAUAUAUAUAUUUAACACAAAAGAGUGACGAUAAGAAGUAUAGAAAUUCUACAUUGAUUUAAAAAAACAAAAACGCUGGUAUCGGAUCGGAAUCACCCGAUACUUGGAUCGGAACGUAUCUGAAAAAAAUUGUAAUGUUGCAUCCCUGGUCAUAUUAAUGCAUAAGCUGUAAUCAAAUUUACAAAGUUUAGCAACUGUUGCGAUUAUCUGAGGCCUAAUUGAUUCAGAUUCAUUGUUCUCAUCAUCCAACCCUGACAUGAUUUCCUUGAAAUAACAAUAUACAUUAUCAGUUUUCUUCUAUUGUCUGUAGCAGACACACAGUAGCACACAUUGGACACUUAUAUAAUGCAUAUUACCUUUUUUCUAGCAAUGCCAUACUACUACUUGCUUAGGGGUGUGGAAUCUUUGAUUGCUGGUUUUGGAAACACCACAAAUUUUCAAACCAACACCCAAAUGUUUUGAAUACUUGUCCAUUUAUUUAGUAGUGAAAUGAUGAUGGGGUUCUGUCUUUUUUUGAAGGCACGUAUAUGUUGUUUGUUUUGUGUUUAAUAAUGUGAAUUGUAAAUGACCGUUACAUUAUUUAAUUCAACAUCAUUGUCUGAGAUUCUUAUUUUAACAUGGCCUUUCAUAACAAUAAAAUGUUUUUUGUGAUUAUAUUUGAUUUUGUUUUAAGUAGUUCAUGUUUUGUAUUGAAUCAUUUGUCAUUGAAUGGUUUUCAAAUAUUUAUGUUGUCUGAUUUAGUUUAGAAUGUGUACAUUUCUUAUGAUGUUUUGUGUUGCAAGAAAUCUGGCUUUAUCGAUUUAUUGUGAUGAGUUCCAUGAGCUAAAAAGAUACAUAUGGAGUUUAUUGCUUUCGAUCUCUGAUCUUAUCAGAAAUACACAAAUGUUUUGUACAUUGUACAUUUGCUGCUUUUAUUAUCAAAAGUUGCGGAUGAAUAAAAAUACAUUAAUUUGAGAACUACAAA